AAUAUACAUGAAAACUUCCCUCUUAACAUCACAAAAAAAAAUUCGACCAGCUCAAUCACAUAUCAAGCUGAGAGGACACCAAAAAGGCUUUUACAGGACCACCCAGCUACCCAAUACCAUGUCAGAUCUCUGAAACUGAAACAGAAUAAAGAAGAUAUGAUGAACAAAGCUGGAGGAAAAGAAGACAACCUUGCAAAUGGCAUCCGAGAUCAGGUGAGAUUGGGGCCAAAGAUCUCUGAAACUGUCAAGGGGAAAUUGAGCUUGGGGGCUAAAAUUCUUCAAGCAGGUGGAGUGGAGAAGAUUUUCAAGCACCACUUUAAUGUUAGAGAGGGAGAGAAGCUGCUAAAGGCUUCUCAAUGCUAUUUAUCAACAACAGCAGGCCCUUUAGCAGGCCUCCUCUUUAUCUCCACUGACAAAGUUGCCUUCUGUAGUGAGAGAUCCAUCAAAUUUUCUUCCCCAAGUGGCGAGUUGAUUAGAAUUCGUUACAAGGUGACAAUCCCAGUAGGAAAGGUGUUGAGAGCCAACGAAAGCCAAAACGUAAAGAGACCAUCACGGAAGUACAUAGAAAUAGUUACCGUGGAUAAUUUUGAUUUCUGGUUUAUGGGGUUCCUGAACUAUCGGAAAACUUUCACAUAUCUUCAGCAGGCAAUUUAUCAGAUUCAAUGACCUACAAAUCACUCCAACAGAACUAUUUCCCUUCAUCCGCUCAGUCAGAUGUUUUAGUAUCAGAAACCAAACCAUACUGAGAGAAUUAGUAGUUGCAGUUAUGAACAAUUUCAAUUACUUGGGCUUUGGCAUCCUGUGCAUCAUUUCGCUUCAAUUGCAUUAUGGCAAUGCAGAAUCAUCUCCAGCAUAUGAAAUGAAUAUUACCUGGCAGCUAGCCUGUUUUCCAGGAGAAGAUAGGCAAAAAAGUAAAAUGAUGAAUAGCUUUCCUAUU